AGCACCAGGAGCCUUUGGGGACGAGGUCAGGCAGACCAGGCAGCUUGUCUGUCUGUCUGUCUGUUUCUCAGGAAGGCCUCCUGAAUGGUCUGGGACCCUCACUUUGAAGCUCUACACCCCCUCCUCCCUUCCUCUCUCCCUCUCAGCCUCUGACCCCAAGCAGCCUAUCUGAUUUCUGGCUCCCUCCCACCCCACCCCAGUUCCGGACACUCCUGGCUCUGCCUUCCCACUUGCCCCUCCGUCUCUGGCUCCUGUGUUCUUGCCCCAACCCAGGAGCCCCAGGCCAGCAGGCAGAGACCCCCAGCAGAAUGGCCGUGAAGACGCUGGUGGUAGCCCUGUUUCUCACCACUGCAGCCUGUACAGAGUUCCAGGAAAAGGUGCUGUAUGGAGACCCCUGUGAAGAGCUUGCUCACCCCUACCAAGCUGCUGUCUACACCUCAGGCCACCUGCUCUGUGGGGGCGUCUUGGUGCACCCCCAGUGGGUCGUCACCGCUGCCCACUGCAAAAAACCGAAUCUGCAGGUCUUCCUGGGGAAGCACAACCUGCGGCAACGUGAGAGUUCCCAGGAGCAGAGCUCUGUGACCCGGAUGGUGCCCCACCCCCACUACAAGCCCGCCACCCACGACCAGGACAUUAUGAUGCUGCGCCUGGCACGCAGACCCCUCGUCUCACAGCACAUCCAGCCCCUGGCCCUGGAGAGCAACUGCAGGGCCAACCACAGCACCUGCCACAUCCUAGGCUGGGGCAAGACAGCAGACGGCCACUUCCCUGACACCAUCCAGUGUGCUUACGUCCACCUGGUGUCCCGCGAGGAGUGUGAGCGGGCCUACCCCGACCAGAUCACCCCCAACAUGGUGUGCGCUGGGGAUGAGAAGUACGGGAAGGAUUCCUGUCAGAAUGAGGAAAAGAAAAAAAGGAAGUUGACCCAGAAGCUGCAAAAUCAUGUAUGGCAGGGGCAAAAAAAAAAAAAAAAAAAUGCAAUAAAAUUGGGGUGAUUGUCAUCAUUUGCCAUGCGGCAGUGGCGAGAGUCAAGUUCGAGUGUACAUGUAUACACACACUGUCUCUCUCAUACACACACACCCACACACUCACACUCAAAAAACACACGCUCACACACAGACACACACACUCAUACUCACACUCACACUCAAAAAACACACACUCAUAUACACAGACACACACACAUUCAAAAAAACACAUGCUCAUACACACAGACACACGCACACACAUCACAUACACACACACUUUUGCCAGGAUGCUUCCAGGAGCAGUCAGUCAAGAGUGAGGCCGGAUACUUGUCACACUUCUGACUCUCUGAGAAGCCCAGUCCUCCUCCCACAGCCCAGUCUGAUUUUCUGCCCCUUCAGGAAGGCCUUCCAUAUUAAUCAAUGUCUAUAUGAAAGAAAGCAAGAACCAAAGCAUCAGUUAUGGUGCCGGAGAUAGAACUCAAGACUUCACACCACAGGUCCAGUGUGCCACCCCGUGUCAUCUCCCCAAAGGCCCCGCUCACUCCCCCACCUCCCAUUACCUCUGAUGAGCUCUCUCCACUCCCCAGCCUGCCCCCCAGCUUCCUGAGCAGUGAAAGCAAGAAGCUUGGGUUUGUGGUGUUGGGUGAAUGAGGGGAGAGCCCUUGAAGGCAGUACACUGGGUAGAGCUCUGGACUCUCAACCAUGAGAUGCAAAGUUCAAUCCACUAUACAGGCCAGAGUGAUGGUCUGUGUUGUGGUUCUGCCUUUCUCUUCUUCUUCCUUCCUUCCUUCCUUCCUUCCUUUCUUUCUUCCUCUCUCUCUCUCUCUCCCUCUCUCUUUCUUCCUUUCUUUUGUGCCAAAAGCUGGGAAGCUGGGAUAGAACCAGGGACCUUUUAGAUGAUUCUGUCUCUCUAUGUCUCCAUUCUAAAUAUGUAAAUAAAUCUUAAAGCAGCAAAGAUUUACCUUAAAAAGCAAAAAGAUUGAGGGGAGAGAAUGGCAGGGGCUGGAUCUCAAAGGACCUCAGACUCCUGCUCAAGGAGCUGGGACUUUCCCUGAAGGCCAUAGGGAGCCAAGGAAGAGUUGGAAGCAUCCACAGUACCAGGCCCAUGUGCAUAUGGACUGAAGAAGGGAAAUGAGAGACCAGGAGGGGGCAGAGGUGAUGGUACAGGGAGAGGAGACCAGAACCAAAUGGGUGGUCCGAGGAUGCAGGAAAAGGGAGACUGAAUAUGAGUCCACCCUAUGGGAGCCAGAGAAAUAGCUCACUGGCUAGAACACCUGCCUUGCAAUGCAGGAGGUCCAGGUUAGAACCUCAGAGCUAGUAUGGUCAGUGCUGAGGUGCCAGGAGGGCUCGGCUGCAAUAGAGUCUCUCUUUCCUUGUUUCUAUCUGAAUGAAAAAGGAGGUCUGCCAAACAAACAAAAACCUAUGGACAUCUAGUCUUUGACAAAGGUACCAGACUAUUAAGUAGGGAAAGGAGAGUCUCUUCAACAGAUAGUGUUGGAAAAAUCUGGUUGAGGGAGCUGGGCAGUGAUGCAGCGGGUUAAGCACAGGUGGUACAAAGCACAAGGACCGGCAUAAGGAUCCCUGUUUGGCUCCCCAUCUGUU